AUGCAUUUAACCAUUUAUAAAUUCAGUACCCCUUUUCCUUUAAAUGUCACUGCUGUUGCUUUCUCAACCAUUAAUGAAAUGUACAACUCAGAGCACAAAGGUCAUCAUCAUCAUCAUCAUCAUCAUCAUCAUCAUCAUAAUCAAUAUCAUAAUCACAGCUUAUCAGUGAGUCCAAGAAUCUCAUUCUCAAAUGAUUUUGUAGACACACAACAAGUUUCAAACCAAGAAAAAACCACUACUACUAGAUCAGAUGGACCAGUUUCAACUGACUUUGAGUUUUCUGUUUCAAACUACUCAAUGAUGAGUGCUGAUGAGCUUUUCUGUAAGGGAAGAUUGUUACCUUUUAAGGAUAGUAACAAGAAGAUUACUACUCUGAGGGAAGAACUACUUGUAGAUGAUGAUGAUGAUGAUGAAGUUUGUGAAAGACAAGGCUUUUCUCUUAGGCCUCCAAAAGGGUCUUCUUCUACUACAAGAUGGAAAGGGUUUUUGGGUUUGAGAAAAAGUCACAUUGGUUCUAAGAAAGUUGAAAAGAGUGAAAGUGUUGAAUCAAGAAGAUCUGGUUUGGUCAAUCACAGUGCAAGGCUUGACAUUACUUCUUCACAGGAGAUUUUGAUUGAAGGAGGGUCAAAUUGCAGUGACUUUGAGUUCGGAAUAUAG